CGGCAGGUUAGGUUGACUUUGAGUUAUCGUUUCAUGUCUUUUGCGGUUUAGUGAAUCUUUCCCCCCACUAGCCUCCCGGCGAGUGAGCUGUUUGCUGCAGGAGUGAGUGGUCAGCCGGCCCCUUGUGGGAGCAAACCAAUUUAUCCACCUUCUCUACACAUAUGAGAUAACUCCAACAGUACGAAAUUACUUUAACUAUGGCAUCGGAACACCCAGGUCCUCCUAAUCCAAACUGCAAGAUCAUGACCUUCCGUCCAACCAUGGAAGAGUUUAAAGAUUUCGGGAAGUAUAUUGUGUACAUCGAAUCCCAGGGAGCCCACAGAGCUGGUCUGGCAAAGGUCAUUCCCCCGAAGGAGUGGAAACCAAGGAAGUCAUAUGAAGAUAUUGAUGAUAUGACCAUCCCAGCUCCAAUUCAACAAGUAGUGACUGGUCAAUCUGGGCUUUUCACGCAAUACAACAUUCAGAAGAAAUCCAUGACUGUUGGGGAGUACAGGAAGCUGGCCAACAGUGAGAAGUAUUGUACUCCAAGGCAUAUCGAUUUUGAUGACCUUGAGCGCAAAUACUGGAAGAACCUAACGUUUGUGUCUCCAAUCUAUGGAGCUGAUAUCAGUGGCUCUCUAUAUGAUAAUAAUAUUGAAGAGUGGAAUAUCGGAAAUCUCAACACAUUACUGGAUAUGGUGGAACAGGAGUGUGGAAUCGUGAUUGAAGGCGUGAAUACUCCAUACUUAUACUUUGGGAUGUGGAAAACCACAUUUGCCUGGCACACUGAAGAUAUGGACCUCUACAGCAUUAACUACUUGCACUUUGGGGAGCCCAAAUCCUGGUAUGCAAUUCCCCCAGAACAUGGGAAAAGGCUGGAACGACUGGCAAAAGGCUUCUUUCCAGGCAGCUCUCAAGGAUGUGAUGCAUUUCUUCGGCACAAAAUGACUCUCAUAUCACCUUCCAUACUGAAGAAGUACAGCAUUCCCUUUGACAGGAUUACGCAGGAGGCUGGAGAGUUCAUGAUCACCUUUCCCUAUGGCUAUCAUGCUGGAUUCAACCAUGGAUUCAACUGUGCAGAAUCAACUAACUUUGCCACACUUCGUUGGAUUGAUUAUGGAAAAAUGGCUACUCAGUGUACUUGUAGGAAGGACAUGGUGAAGAUAUCAAUGGAUGUGUUUGUGCAGUUCCUUCAGCCUGAUCGCUAUGAGCUAUGGAAAAACGGCAAAGAUAUUGUCACUAUUGAUCACAACAAACCAACCGCCCUAUCAAGUCCUCAGAUGGAUGACUGGCUGGAGCGGAAAGCUUCAUUAAAAGCAAAAAGUAUCCGAAGGUAA